AUGCCGCCCGUUCCCGUGAUCACGCUCCCCAAAACCACACAGGCGGAGCACUAUGUCAUUCACUCGGAUACUGGCACUCCGACUGUUUCGGUGGCGGGCCUUCAGAGGCAACGACGCCGAGACACACUGAACCGGAGGAAGCCGUCACCAACUUGUGAAGGGCUGGCAAAGCUGAAGAGCUCGGAAGCUCAAGAAAGUUCAGAGACCUUGGAGCUGGAACCGGCGGCCGCUUCUGCUGAGUGCGAGUCAGUACGGGCGUCUCCUACAUCGCAGCUUCGACGUGAGAACGAUGUGCUCCGCAUGCAGGUGCAAACUCUGCGGGAGGUCCAGGAACAGACCGCUGAGAUCCACUGGCAGGUUAUUUCGAACAUCGUGGCUGAGCGAAAUCUCUACGAGUCGCGCUGGCGCGAGGCUACGGAUCGCGCCGAAGUUGCUGAAGCUCAGGCGACGAGGACGACAACCGCAGCGAAUCCGGUAGCUGCCUCCAGGGCUCCGAGCGUGACAGAGGCGAUGCCGCCAGCGCCAAGAUUGUCGUUGCCUGCACGCGUGUACACGCUGACUCCAAGCCUCUGCCGAAGG